CUUAAUCCUAGAGUUGGUUUUCUGUUUUUUAACGGAGGGCAAUGGUAAAGAUGACGAAAAUGAAAAGAAAAUGAAAGAAGAAUUCAACAUGAACGGUUGUACGAAAAGGUUUUACGCAAGCCGACUGCCUCCGAAAUUACCAGCGCGAUAUCGGAUUCAGCAGUUUAUCAAAAAAUACAAGUGGAACGUUUGCAACAAUUCAUGUACAUUGCACCGUAUGAGGUUGCCUUUAUUGAAACGUUGAACGCAUACAAGACACUAAGUUCCAGACCAAUUGAAUUUAGCACUAACGACAUAACGACACUGACUUCAAAAUGUGACGACGGCGAAUCGCUGAACAAUAGAAUUCUAACUCAAAUUAAAUUUUAUCGCGGAUUACAAGAGAUACUAUGCACGAACAUCGCACUGCUUAAGGUCGCUUUAGCUGAAAACGUAUUUGAUUUAGAUUAUAUUGCUGAUAACGUCUACUGUAUGAUAGACAUGUCGUACGUGGGGAGAUAUGCAGUAAGCGCUUGGCUAUGGAAAUUGCAUGUACAACUCUUGGAACUAAAACAAAACGUGUUGGACAGAGAACAGAAAUUUCUAGACGAAUACAUACCAGAGAUUGAAGAAAGUCUACGGAAAAUUUUAACGGAGUGUCGUGGAAAUAAUUACAUAGUGGAUGAUGAUAAUCUAAAGUCGGAUAAGUUUUUGGAAAUGUACGACCGAAAAUCUAAUCAAAUUUUCAUCGCGGACAGUUAUAAGUCUACAUUGCGCAUCGAUGUCGGAAAUUUGUUGUUGGACCACUUGUGGUGGUUGGCUCGAGGAUACUCUGAUGACAUAACUAGCCUUUCAUUUGGUUGGCCAAAUAUAUAUCCUGUAAUUAAAAAGGAAAUUGACAAUCUCUCGGAUCAAUAUGAAAGUGGGGAAUGGCCAAAACAACCGUUCAAACACAUUAAGUUACACAAAGUUCUUUUGGACAUCAUAAAAGCGAGAUGGUACAGUCAUAUUUUCAUCAUUUUAUUUGUUUAUCAAAAAAUAGGAAGUCAAGCUCAAAGGCUUUUUGAUACGCUAAUAGAGAUAAUAAACGAAGAAGUACAUUUUUUCCAUACUGACGACCCAUUCUUUAACGACGUACUAAAUAUAUUGAGUGAAUUAUAUACACCCGAAGAUGAAAUGCUAAAUACAAUUAUACGAAAACUAGAGGUCGAAGUAAACUACAUUAUGGGAAGUGUAACUGAACCAAAUUCUGAUUAUGGAGAGCCUACAAUUGAUUUGGAGUUGAUUACAAAAGCGUCUAGAAAUUUUAAGGAACCAAAAUUUCAAGCAAAUCUUGUAGAUAGAUUUCGUAGCUUCAUUUCAGAUACUGAACGUCUAAUGUCUGGUACAAAUUUAAGUAUACUAAUGUUCUACAUAAGAGGAAGUCAAUUCGCUGACUUUGUUUUUCCAAAUGAAUGA